GUGGGCGUAACCGUGACGUAGAAGGAAGCGCGAUCGCGGCCUUCCUCGCUAGCUCGUACAAAGCAGGCGCCCCGCAGGUUGCGGAACGCAUUUCUCCUUUGUCAAGCUGUCAAGGUGGUGGUGAGACUGAGGAGUUUCUCAAGACUCAAAAUGGAUCAAGUGAAGGCCACGGUGGACAACAUGAUCAAAAGCAUCCAGUACAGCAGGUUCACCCUGCAGCGCGACGACGAGUCCGACCGCCACGUGGAGAUGAAGCUCUCCGACGACGACGGCGGCGAGCACGUCGAGGCCGGGCACGGGGACGGCUCUCCCAGCUUCCGGCCGGCGCCUCGCGGCGGCGGCAAGCGCGUCCUCUGCCUGCUGGCGUUGGGCGUCGUGGUCGUCUUUGCCAUCGGCUGCUUACUGGGCUCCCUGAUCUCAAAGAAUUCCGGCACGGCGGCCGUCGGCUGCUCGACUCAGUCGACGCCGACGGGGGUUGCGGCCGAACAAGAGAAACAGAAAUUGGACCGGGACCAGGGACAAGACGACGACGAGGAGAUUCCGCACGACCGAGCCCCGCUCAGCUGGAAUGAGAUCGGCAAGCUCCUCGACGACAAACUCACCGGCCAAGCUUUCGACGCGCGUCUCAAGACGUUCGACGUGCCGACGCGCUCCGCGGGCGGCGAGGGCGACGUCCGACUGGCCAACGCCAUCGUGGACGAGUUCAAGGCGCUCGCCAUGGAGGGCUGGACCGACGUCCACUACGUCCAGCUGCAGAAGCCCGACAGCAAGCGUCCCAACGUCGUGACUUUCGGCGCCGACGUCUUCAAGCCCGACGGUUAUCUGGCGUACAGCGCCACCGGCAAAGUCGAGGGCAAGCUGGUGUACGCCGCCUACGGCCGUCGCGAGGAUUUCGACGCCGUCCGGAAGAACGACGUGAAGGUGAACGGCAGCGUGUUGCUGUUGAGAGCGGGAAACCUCAGCUUUGCCCAACAGGUGGCCAACGCCGAGGCCCUCGGAGCCUCGGCCGUGCUCGUCUACCCCGACCCGGCAGAUUACAGCUUCCUGGCCGACACGGCGCUUUACGGCCACGUUCACCUGGGCUCAGGCGACCCGUACACCCCGGGGUUCCCGUCUUUCAACCACACCCAGUUCCCGCCGACCCGCUCGUCCGCCCUCCCCGGCAUCCUGGCCCAAACCGUCACGUUCAACACGGCCAAAAUCCUCCUGGAGAGGAUCGGCGGCCCGGGCAAGAUGGGAGGUGUGGAGAACGUCACCGUGGAAGUCAACAACGCGCUGGUCAAUACGGAGAUCCACAACGUGUUCGGCGUCCUUGAAGGAUUCGUCGAUUCCGACGAGUACGUGGUCCUGGGAGCGCAGAGGGACGCGUGGGGCGAAGGCUACGCCCGGGCUGCCGUCGGUUGCUCGGUUCUGAUGGAGCUGGCCAAGGCCUUUAAAGACUUGGUGGAGAGAGACGGUGUUCGGCCCAGAAGGAGCUUGGUGUUUGCGAGCUGGGGUGCCGGAGAAUACGGAAGCGUCGGAGCGACGGAAUUUCUGGAGGGUUAUCUGACCUCCAUCAACAGAAAGCUGAUCUCCUACAUAAGCCUGGACGGCUUGGUCAUGGGUCGCGGUGGAUUCGUGGCGUCGGCGAGCCCGCUGCUCUACAGCCUGCUGGAGAACACGAUGAAGCAGGUGAAGAGUCCGCUCGGUACCGGCAGCGUGUACGAUAUGGCGGGAAAGAGUAAAUGGGAGGCCAACGUCUUGAGGCCAAUGUCCACGGACGACCCCGCGUAUCCCUUCCUGGCCGUCGCCGGCGUUCCGGCCAUCUCCUUCCACUUCAUCUCUCCCAAGGUGGAGACCUACGCCUACUACGGCACCUGCAUGGACACCGCGGACCACCUCAACUACAACACGGCCCACAUGACGGGCGAGACGGCGGCGCAGGCGGCGCAGCUGGCGGGCCGCUUGGCCCUCCGCCUGGUGCACGACCACCUCCUCAAUCUGGACGUCAGAAAGUACCGUAACGUCCUCGGCAAAGCAGUCUACCGGGUCUACAAGAACAUCCAACAGCUUGUCCGGAGCGGCGAGCUGAAGGACGUGGACCCCAACUGGCUGAGCAGCGCGUCCGGCUCGUUUUCGAGAGCGACGGCUAACCUGAACGCGCUCAUCUUGAACAGCGACUUGAGCGACGAGAGACUCUGUCGCCGCAUCAACGAGAAGCUCAUGAGCGUGGAGAGCAACUUCCUGUCGCCGUACGUGUCCCCCGCGGACGCCCCCUUCCGCCACCUCCUGCUGGGCCGAGGCAGGCACACGAUGGCGUCCCUCGCCGAGACCCGAGACCCCCGGGAGCUCCGCACCCAGCUGGCGUUGGCCACCUGGAACAUCAAAAUGUGCGCCAACGCCUUGGUCGGCGACAUCUGGAAAAACGACAAUCAAAUCUAGAGUUUGCGUGAGUGAGUUGGAAACGCCAGGAAAGUCGAUUCAAUUUUCGGGGGGGGGGGGGGUAGUCUCAUAAAAGCUGUCAAUCACAGCUCUUAGUCCCGCCUUUUAAAGGAACAACUUGUACUUGACACUCCCAAAUUGUGAAGGAAAUGCAAUUUGUUUUUUUGUUUUGCUUUUGGGGCGGCAGAUCCGGCUCGAGAUCCCCGUCCACCUUAAAUCUACUGACAUGCGCCCCCCCCCCCCCCUCCCCUUAUCAUCCAAAUACUGAGGACCUAUUUAUACUUUUUUUUUCUUUUCUUUUUUUUUUUUAUAUUAUCGGAAGCAGUGACUUCCAUAAUUAUGACGGUUAUACCGUCUCAUCGGACGGCAGCAUCUGCUACGUUAACCCACUCGAAACUCAACUGUUGCUGCUGACGAACACAACAAAAAAGAAAUCUUGAAAACGUAAAAAGCCACAAAUUAAAACAAAAACUGGCGUACACAAAGUGAAGCAGCUGACUCGAAAAUUCAAAAAAAAAAAAAAAAUUACUAUAAUUUAAAGCAGCCAAAACUCUCAAAUUACAAAAUAAAGAUUAUGAAUUUAGUCCCAAAAAAAGAAACUUAUACAGAGCAGACAAUUCUUAAAAAGACUACAAAUUACUACAAAAAAAGGCCAUGAAAUGGACAAAAUUCAUAAAGGAAAAAAAAAUGGAGCAUACAUUCUGUAGCUUUACAAACAAGGCCAAUAAAUGAAGUAAAGCAGAAAAAAUGGGCGAAUUGGCGAGCAAUUUUUUGGCCGUAACGUAAGUCUCCUUUCGGGGCAGUUGGUGCGAGUUAUCGGGGGCAGUGACUCCCAUAAUCAUGAAACCCAUUAUCGGGGGCAGUGUCUCCCAUAAUGACAAGUGACGGUAGUUUUUACCUACCAGUGAAUGCGCGAAUGAAUGGAUGGAUGCGCUUUGUCUUUGUCUAUUUUUUUUUUUUUUUUUUUGCAUGUGUAUUUAUCGGGAGCAGUGCCUCUCAUAUUUCACUCCAGGGUGGAACGACUUGUCGGGAACAGUGUUUCCCAGAGUUUUAUAAUGUAUUUAUUGUGGAUUAUUAUUUUUUUUUUCUUUGCUUUGCGGUAGCGCUGUCGAGCCGCAUUGCCUUCCUUGCGCUACGCAUUUUCUCCUCGCCUGCCAGGAAUGGGUGUCACGGAAGUCAAUUAGCGACAGCGGAAUUUGAAUUUGGAAUGUCAAGUGAUGAAAUUUUUAAUAGUUGAUUCAAUUCGCUGUCUGGAAUUCAAUGUCUGCGCCACCAGGCAGGGUUACCCCAAGUCAGAACCGAGCACCCGGCCAAUCGCAGUUACGCUUUCUUAGUCAGGUGACGUCACAUACUAAGAAAACGUAACUGGAUUGGUUGGCUGUAAGCGGCUAUUGGAAAUGUGAUCACUUUGCAUUUCAAAUUUAAAAUGCUGUUGGCACUAAUUUACUUCAAUGAGCGUCUGAUCUUUCAUGCUUGCAGCCAAAAACAAAGCAUUUAUGUUCAAAUCCAAUGUUCCUCUUGGGUUUCUGUCAAUAUAUCUGUUGAGUAGAAAAAAAAAAAAAAUCAUGUUUAAGCUCUCUUUUUUUUCUUUUUUUUUUUUCCCCUAUACUUGUGGUUAGCAAAAUGAGAGAAACAUUAUUCCCUGAUUUUUUUUUUCUUCUUUCCCAGAGCUUUUCACAUGAAUUCUUAGCUGUAUUGCAUAAAUAUUUUGUCUUGAGCAAAUAAUUUUUUGUUACGUAUGAGCAAGUUGUCUCGUUAAGCCAUCUUUUGAUUCACUCGAGCAACUUGAACUCAUUUGUUAGUUUUUGGGGGUUGUUGUGCACUAUCGGUUAAAAAAAAAGAAAAAAAAACUUGUUUCCAUGUUGAGCCAACAUCUAAGGAAUUAAAUAAAAUCCUGUGCUUUGCAUCCAGA